UAACGCCACUGUCACGAUACAGCCCCAUAGGUGUCCCGAUAGCGGCGUAGCUCCCUAGGUCCUUCUAUCGUGGCCAUACCCCCGGUCCCAGGCCCAACCCAGCGCCAGGUGUCCCGGGGUCGGGGUUCAGCGCCUCCGCUGGAUUUGCUCCGGCCCCUGGAACAAAUGGCGAGAAGGCGUCAGUGAAGGUAAUCGUGGCUCCUUAGUGACCCUCUGCUCGCCCGGCGGUGUUUGAAAAGGGACCGUUACCCAGGAAACCCUUCCCUCGGCCCGAGCAAGGCAAUGCCGUUAGCGCAGGGUAAAUACAAGAACUCAAACUGAACAAGACACAUACAAGAUAAGAAGGAAACUUGCGGCUCUGUGGCACCUGCUCGCCAACGAUCCCAAAGUGCUUCCUAGAUCUACUAAUGAAGGGAGCCUCCCACCCUACUCACCUUUGGGGUAACAGCCCAUUUUACAAACGGGGAAGGAAAAGCUGCAACUUGCCUAAGAAGAGAUCACGCAAGCCUGUGGCAAAGUCGGCCAAAACCCGCAAUCUCCUUCCCUCACUAUAUUUGAACCAGCAGAAGAACAUGGUUCCCAGGAGUGCCCCUCUGGCACUAGUGACUUACUUCUGCUUGGUUCGAGUUCAUGUACUGCUUAAACUGGCUUAUCCUUUCACCAACACGGGUUUAAUAAAAAAUCUUAUCUCACCUACCCUGCCUCUAGGAUGGUGAAUAGUUAGUUCUACAAGUAUACAUUAGUAUACAGUUUUGUAUUAGGGUUUUCAUGGAUUUUGAGUAUUUGAUUUAUAAUUCAAUAUUUCUGAGAAAAAUAAAGUGAAUAGUAAAACAAAGGUUUCAGAGUAGCAGCUGUGUUAGUCUGUAUCCGCAAAAAGAACAGGAGUACUUGUGGCACCUUAGAGACUAACAAAUUUAUUAGAGCAUAAGCAUCCGAAGAAGUGGGCUGUAGUCCACGAAAGCUUAUGCUCUAAUAAAUUUGUUAGUCUCUAAGGUGCCACAAGUACUCCUGUUCUUUUUUAGUAAAACAAAGUUUCAAUCCCUGGCAUAUAAUGUUCACACUAUAUUUUGGGACUUUGCAUUUCUUUAGUGGCUUCCAAAUAAUUUCUGGAGAAAUUCCCCUAAAAUGGAGACAAAAUGGAAAAAGUUUUUUUUACUUUGGAUUUAGGGAGAAAAUAAUGUUGUAUCCAGGCCUAGAGAGUUUUAUACUAUACAAUAAUGCUUGUGAUGAGUCAGAAUAAAAUUAGCUCCUCAGAUAAAUUGACCUAAACAUUUCAAACUAAUUUCAACAGAUGUUAAUAGGAAAAAAUGCUAUUUUAAAGGACUCCCAUUAACUAGAUGCAUUUUGAGUUUAUUGCAAUUAAUUCAGACAACAAAAGAUGAAUAGAUAUUGUAGAUUUUUUUGGGGGGGGGGCUGAAAAACAUCAGUUCUCAUCUAAAAUCUUUUGACACCUGGUUCUAAAUCCCUUAUUCUAGAAAAAGAUGGUAACUACACAACUGUGAUAUAGUAUUUGAUAAUAGAUAUGCUGUACAAUUAUUGGCCAUUUUUUAAUCCCAUUGAUUUCAGUAGAAGUUAGGAACCUAAAUACCUUUGAGGUUCUUGGCCAAAGAUUUUACAAUCUGGAUUUACUUUGACAAAACAGGAAAAAGCAAUGGGAUAGAGACAGGGAGGGAGGAAAGAAGGAAGGAAGGAAUAUGUAGAACAAGGCACUGAGGUGAGUGGUACAGUAAGCGUAGGCUUUUUGUUUGUUUUUAUAGUGAUAGAAAAUUAUAACCAUGUAAAACACAAGAGUGGAGAAUUCGUGGUUUUUAGGACAAGGGCCAGAGGAGACAAUUAAAUCUGUUGUUUUAAAGGAACCAUGGUAAUCUCAGUCAUCAACGAAAAAUUUAAACAGUGUUUGCAGUCUAAAUGGAAUAAGAGGAAGAAGAAUACUUUGCACUUUUCAGGUCUUUUUACUGAGGAUCUUAAAGCACUUUAUGAACAAUCAUUAAUGAAGACUCAGCAGCCAUGGGAGGCAGGAUUUAUCAUAAUCCAUUCUGUUAAGUAAUGCUAAGAUACAAAAGAAAUUUAAAAAUCCAUCCGGAAUCCAGUGACACCCAAUACAGGCACCAGUGAAUAUGUCAUUCAGUCAAACUAGACCGCCAACAUCAGAGUUGGUAGAGCUUCAUGUUUUUUAUGUCCCAGAAGAAGUGUGGAACUUCACAUUAAAUACAGUUUCUGCAGAUCUUACUAGCAAAUUCAUUUCAGCUGGAUUUAUAAGGGUGCCUCGUCAUGUCACAUUGAGAGCAUUGCGGGAGCAGCUUGGAGACUUCCUGGGUGAAGAUGCUGUUGCAGAUAAGUUUAUAUUUCUGAAACAUAUAGGGAAAAAGCUAGCAGUGGUGAAGGCAAAGCAAGAAACAGAACUGAAACUCAAGUUAUUUGCUCCCCCACAUGCACUUCAUCCCGAAUUAUAUUUGCUCCCUGGAGUGGACCACUUAGAAAUUGCUUAUUCAUCAUCAGCAACUCCAGAUACACAGCACUUUAAUGCAGAAUCCCAUAGGUCUCCCCAUGGACCAAGUACUUUAAAUCUUCCAAAGAAAGAGCGUGAAAAAAGUCCAACAUUUCUAGAAAGUCCACAGAAAAAUACUCUCAUGCAGAAUCAGGAAGAUUCUAGUUCUUUAGGAUGGAGUGAGACAGAAAAAGAAAUGAUUUCAGUUUUGCACAUAAAACCUGAACAAAGCCUGAACAACAGGACUUGGGAAAAACAGAUUCCACGUAGAAGGAAAGACCAAAUUGGAUCCAAUGGAUCUCUCCGCAUACCAAGUAGUUUAAAUCCCACAAAGUGGGAGUCUGGAAAAAAUCCUACAUCUUUGGAAAGUGCUCAGAAAAAUCAUCUAAGCCAGGAUCAGAAAGAAUCUAAUACACGUAGGUGGAGUCAAAAAGACAAAGGGACUAUUUCAGGUCAUCAUGUAAAACAGAGCACUGAACAAGCCAAGAACAAUGAGACUCAGGAAAAUCACAUUCCCCCUGGAAGAAAAGAAGAAAUCCCUAUGGUGGUGGCUGAAACUGUGGAAAAUAGAGGCAAUCUAAAAGCUAUCAGGAUGGGAAGAAACACUACAGGGGAUUCCGGUAUUCCAGAAUCAUUGGAAGAUGGAGACAAGGAAUAUUUGCACAAUAAGAAAAGCCCUCAGCAGUCUGGAAUUAGAGAAUCUGUGACUGAUAUUGGUAUCAAACAGGAUGAUAAGACAGAUAAGAAUAACAUAAAUCGUCUUGAGUAUUCAAGUCAAUACAUUUCUCCUCCUCCUCCACCGUCUCUUUCUAUAAACAGAUCUCAAGUUCCCAUAUUUCAGACAGAGAAAAGCAAGAUGGUUGAACAACUGAAACAAAUGAAGGCAGAAAGAAGGCACAUGGAAAGAACUAGAGAGGAACUGGUUAAAAAAGCCAAAGGUUUGCUUGAACAAAAUAAGCUGAGGAGAUAUCAUGCUCGUGAUGCAUGGAAAAAGAAAUAUUUUGAAACUAAGAAAGCUACAGCUUCAUUGGAGGACAUUUUAAAUAAACUGCGACAAGAUGUAGAGCUUUACUAUCAAAAGUUACUGUUGCAGCUGGAAGCCAGAGAUAUCAGGAAACGGCCAAACAAUUUAACACACAUUGCAAACGCCAAGAACACCACAAUCAUCCAGAUUACAACAGUGCAGCACGAAAUUGAUCAACUAAAGAGAAAGCUAGAUAAUACAAAAAUGAAACUCAUAAUAGAAAUUAAGUUCUUUUGCAGAUGAGAAAGCAGGCGGCCUCUGAUUUACGAGCAUUGAGAGCAGAGCUGGCACAGAAGAAAAUUCAGUCAUCUUUAAUACUUCAGUCUGAAACACCAGUAUUUUAGAAGGAUCGCAUUACUUGGGAUUGUGUAAUAUAUUUGUAUAGAAGCUCAGCAUGUCAGUAUUGUUUUUAUGUUCCUAUACUUUUAUUUUAAAGAGACUUUUCAAUAUGUAAGAUAGGAUAAUUGUAUAUGUUAAAAUAGAAGUAUAUCAUGUAUUUAAAAUGCCUUAAAAUAGCUCAAGCUAAUAAUUGUAACUCAGUUGUAAUUCUCUUAUACUUAUAAAAACAUGCAGUUUAAUCUAUUAGCGUGUUUAUUUUUGACUAUAAGCUAAUCAAAU